CCACGUGGGAGCUUUUCAGUGGGGCUAAAUCCUUAAAUUUUCUUAUAUUUUCUCCUGGAAAUAUUUUAAAAACUCGCGCACAAAACCUUAAUUAACGCCAAAAAUUCAUUUCUGAUGAAAUAACAAUAUUAAUGAGAAGCGAACUGCCUAAAAAAAUUUAAAAUUCUCUGCAAAAACCGAGGUUUUGAGUGAUAAAAUCAGCGCUGAAAAGGUUAAAAUUCCUCUCCCUCAGCCCUGGGGCAGCAGAAUUUCUUUGCAGGGAAAGGGGAGGGAGAAAAAAUCCGAUUUUUUCACCUUUUUCAAGCUGAUUUUCAGCCCAGCCCAGCCGUUAUCGGCCACUUUCGGUCCCUCCCUCGGGCGAGGUUUGAAAAAAGCGAAUUAAAAAAAAAACCCCAAAACUCCCGGAGCAUCCUCGGAAUUAUCCCACGGCAAAAUCCCGGGAUAAAAAUCCCAGGAUAUUCCAGGAAAAGUCAAGGUCGGUGCUGGAGCAGCUCCUCACUGCCAGGAUGAGCAAAUUCCCAAAUUCCAGCCAAGCCCCCGGAGCUGGGAAUUCCUGCGGGAUCGCCCCGGGCCAGCCCAGUCAGGUGGUUCCCAAGCUGCCCCUGCUGAGGAUCCUGAGGGCUGCGGGGGCCCAGGGCGACUCCUUCACGCUCAAAGAGGUGAUGCACUUCCUGGGCCAGUACAUCCUGGGCCGGCGGCUCUACGACCCGCGGCAGCAGCACCUGGUGCACUGCGCCGGGGACCCGCUGGGGGCGCUGCUGGGGCUGCGCGGCUUCUCCCUGCGGGAGCCCAGCCCUGUGUAUGAGAUGCUGAAGAGGAACCUGAGCCCUGCUGCCCUCCCAGGAAGAAGAAUCAUUUUUCCCUUUGGGAAGAACAGUGACUUUUCACCUGAAGGACUCCCCCAGCUCUGCCAAGCCUGGCUGGUUGGUUGCUUGCCCCAGAGCCCCGUGUGCUGUGAGAAUGGGAAUUUUCGGGGAAGGCUUUUCCUUGUGUUUUACCUGCCAUCUGCAGAUGCUGCACAGACUCUCCCAAAGGAGCAGAGCGUCGCUAAGCCCAGCCCAGACCAGCUGCAGCUCAGCCAGGAGGAGGGAUCUGACUCUGGGAUCCUGGAGGGUGACAGCAAAAGCUCAGCUCCAGCUACCUCAGAGCCCAAAUGUGACAGCUGUGAAGAUAAUGAUUUGUUAGAAAACCUCUCCAAAAGCAAAAAGCCCAAGCUGGACCUGGUUUUUGAGGAAUGGGAUGUGGCCGGGCUGCCGUGGUGGUUUUUAGGGAAUCUCAGAAGCAAUUACAAAUCCAGGAGUAACGGAUCCACGGAUAUUCAGACUAACCAGGACAUUGACACUGCCAUAGUUUCAGACACCACUGAUGACCUGUGGUUCCUCAACGAGUGUCCCCUGGACCAGGGCGCUGCUGGGCUCAAGGUGGAAGUGCUGGACUGUGAGGAGGUCACAGAAGGUGACACCAAGGUACCUGAGGAUGUGUGCUUGGAUGAGCUGGAGGAUUCCCAGUGCCUGAGUGAUGACACGGACACAGAGGCUGCUUCUGAGGACUGCUGGCAAUGCUCUAAAUGCAGGAAAUUCAACUCUCCGGGAAAAAGGUACUGCUUCCGCUGCUGGGCCCUGCGCAAGGACUGGUACCGGGACUGCCCCAAACUGCCCCAUUCCCUGUCCCUUUCCAACAUCAAUUCCAUGGAAAACCAGGAGCAGGAUGAAGGGAUGGACGUCCCAGACUGCAGGAGGACGAUCUCAGCCCCGGCUGGCCAACCCAAACCCCUUUUCCUGGCAGAAAACAAAUCCUGCGCCGAUCCCGGCGGCUCCAUCGAGUCCUUGGAUUUGGCGCGGGACGGGAAAAGUCGGGAUUUUGCCAAGCUGAAGAAAGAGGAGGAGGUGGAAUCUUUGGAGAGCAUCAAAACCCUGCUGAAUCCCUGCUUCCUGUGCCAGCACAGGCCUCGGGAUGGGAAUAUUGUCCACGGAAGGACUGCUCACCUGGUGGCCUGCUUCAGGUGUGCCAGGAUGCUGAAGAAGAAAAGAUCGCCGUGUCCCGUGUGCAGGAAGGAGAUCAAGAUGGUCAUCAGGAUCUUCAUGGGGUAGGGAGGCUUUCUGUCCCUAAAGUAAUCCCAAAAGCUGGAGUUUUGCACUCAAACCCCCGUUACGGUGUGUGCAGGAAGGAGAUCAAGAUGGUCAUCAGGAUCUUCAUAAAAUAACCCCAAAAUCUGAAUUUUUGCACUCAAACCCCCAUUACGAUGUGUGCAGGAAGGAGAUCAAGAUGGUCAUCAGGAUCUUCAUAAAAUAACCCCAAAAUCUGGAUUUUUGCACACAAAUCCCAAUUUCAGUGUGUGGAGGAAGGAGAUCAAGAUGGUCAUCAGGAUCUUCAUAAAAUAACUCCAAAAUCUGGAUUUUUGCACACAAAUCCCAAUUUCAGUGUGUGCAGGAAGGAGAUCAAGAUGGUCAUCAGGAUCUUCAUAAAAUAACCCCAAAAUACGGAUUUUUACACACAAAUCCCAAUUUCAAUGUGUGCAGGAAGGAGAUCAAGAUGGUCAUGAGGAUCUUCAUGGGGUAGCAGGAUCUUCUGACCCUAAAAUAAUUCCAGAAAGAGGAUUUUGCACUCAAAUCCCAAUUUCAGUGUGUGCAGGAAGGGGAUCAGGAUAGACAUCGGGAUCUUCAUGGACCUUCUACUACUAAAAUAACCCCAAAAAUAGAUUUUUUUUUGCACGAAACCUCCAAUUCCAGAACUUGGUCUGCAGGAUCAAGAUGGUCAUCAGGAUCUUUAUGGGAUAGCAGGACCUUCUGCCCCUAAAAUAACCCCAAAAUGAAGAUUUUUGCACUCAAACCCCAAUUCCAGAGCUCAGCCAGUGAAACCAAAGAAAACAAAGAUUUAAUCCCACCAAGAAUCAUCCGCAGGAUCCACUUUUCCAUGGAAAUCACCUCAAGAUCAAAACCCCAACUUGGAAAAUUUUCCCGAUUUCCUAUCUUCAGCCGGAUUUUAUCCCUUGGAUGAAAUUUCUUGGAUUCUUUCUCCUGACCAAGAACAGCAGAUUUGGGAAAAAUUGAAAACUUUGGAAUGUUUUUUUUUUUUUCCAUAAAUCCCGACUUGUGCAAUUCCUUUGGAGCUGAGAAAUAAAAACAGAAUAUUUAUGGUGGGAGGGAAGGGGAUUGGUUUUGGAGAGAAGAAAAUGAACUUUAUUCCUAUUUUUUUUAUUGUUUAAGGUCGGCAGGGUGAAGAAUUCCUUGCUCCCAGAUGGGAAAUAAAUCCAAGUUUUUAAUCCAGGUCACAAAUGAGAUGGAAAAAUAAUAAUAAUAAUGUUAUAUUUUUCUUUC